AUGAGAAUCGACACAGUACUAGGAUCUGGCACCCUGCCCCUCACAGCACCAGCCGAGACGCCCAUCGGCGAGCACAAAAAGGACGUCACCUUCGCGGUCAUGCCGCCAAAUGACCUGCCCAACCUACUGGACACACCCGACAUGGACCUACUGCCCACGGUAGGCAAUACCAGAAUGGCCCUAUGCGCCAAAAGGGGAUACGUCGACGAGUUACGAGACGGCGAGCACCGCGAGCGGCUGUGGGAGCUCCUGGAGGAGCUCAAGGAUACGUGGGAAGACCCCAAGGUGGCGCAGGUCAAGUACGAAGCACGGUUCGAGGUCUCAAGACGCCCGCACAAGGUCAGGGUCCGCCACUACGAACCCCAAAUGCUGGAGGAGUUGAAGAAGCAGGUCGCGAAGCAACUGGAGCUGGGAGUCAUCCGACCCUCUAAGAGCGAGUGGGCUGCCGCUCCUCACUUUGUUAAGAAGAAAAUCGGAGAAUGGAAGUACCCCACCAGCAAGAAGGAGCUACAAAGCUUCUUGGGGAUGUGCGGCUAUCUGAGGCCCUUCAUCCCUCAAGUUCUCCCACAUCACGGUGCCGCUGGGUCGGGGCUGUACUCAAACAGGUGCAAGGCGACGCUGAAGUACCCGUCGAGUUCGCUAGCAAGAAGUUCAACCUCCACGGAGUCGCGCUGGGACACCAGGAAAGGGGAGUUGUUCGCGGUCAAGUGGGCCAUCGAGAAGAGGCGAGACUACGUCAGCCUCUCGCACUUCACGGUCAGGACAGACCACAACAACCUAUGGUACCUCACCAGCGUGGACAAGGGCAAGGUCUUCUUACUAAGCGACUACGACUUUACCAUCGAAUUCAUCUCCGGCGAACCCAACAACAUAGCUGACUGA